CACGGAUGGCCCAUGUCAAGACAACAAUUUAUCUAAUUUUGCUAUUUCUUUUCUUUUUGUCGAAUUUUCUAUCUCCAUCCUCUUUUAGUUCCUUGAAUUCAGCCAGUCUCUUCCAAACACAUUUGGAUGUUUUGACGCCUGACAAGUUAGUUAAACUUGUCAAUAUUUGUAUGGUGGAAUUAAUUUGCUGCUGAGUUGUAGAGUACUUAUUGAACAGUUUAAAUUAGGCUAUAAAAAAAUCUAAAUUUAUAAAUAUUUUCGAGUGAACUGAAAACUAACCAACCGUCAUGAAAAAUGGUAAAUUAUUUCUAUUAUUUUUAAUGCUUAUUUGCUGUGAAUUCUCCGACGAGAGUGUGCAAAGACCUGACUUACAAGAAAAGAAAACUAAGGGUACUGAUAACCAUAACGAUGUUCAAGAGAAACGGGAAUUUAUUGCUUCUAUUGAGGAACGGGAUGGGGCCACUGCUAUAAGAAUAGAGCCCGCCCCAGAUCUCAGUAAUGAAAAACAUUCUAAAGAUGAUAUAAUAGACAAUGAAAUAUCUGAGGCUGUUGAUCUAUUUAUGCUAGACCAAGCAAAAGUUAUCCAAAAAAUGGUUCAACACCUGGAUAUGGUGAAUAAUCUACAAGACAGUACUGUUUUUAAUGAAAUAGAAGAAGUCCCUCCAAUACCUGAAGCAGCUUUACAUGAACCAGACCUGACAGAAGAAGAAUUUGAGGCGAAAAAAUUAUACGAGGCAGCUGCAGCUAUGCUCAACAAGACUAAACCAGACAAACAACAAGCUUAUCAAAUACUAAUAGAGGCUUCAAAUAAAGGAAACACUGAAGCAAAAGCCAUGGUGGCUUGGGCGAAACUAUUUGGCAAUCCUUUAAAACAAGAUAUUUACAUUGCUAAGGAAAUGUUUGUUGAAUUGGCACAAAUUGGAAACCAAGAUGGACACACAGGUUUAGGCUUCUUAUAUGCUGCUGGUCUUGCUGUUAAUGUGAGCCAGUCAAAAGCAUUGAUUCACUACACUUUCGGUGCAAUAGGUGGCAAUUCUUGGGCUCAAAUGGCUCUAGGCUACAGGUAUUGGUCAGGAAUUACUGUAGCUGCUAGCUGUGAAAAGGCCUUGGAGUACUACAGACAGGUAGCUGACAAAGUUAGUCAAGGUGUCUCCUUUGGUGGAGGUUCCGCCAUUCAGAGGAUCCGUCUUUUUGAUGAAUUGGAAAACGGGUAUGCCUCUGGCAUUCUUGACAAUGAUCUCAUUGAAUACUAUCAGCUGUUAGCUGAAAAAGGGGACGUUCAGGCACAGGUUGGUCUUGGUCAACUCCAUUACCAAGGAGGAAGGGGUGUAGAUUUGGAUUACCAAAAAGCCCUUCACUAUUUCACACAAGCAGCCAAUGCUGGCAACGCAUUAGCAAUGGCAUAUUUAGGAAAAAUAUAUUUAGAUGGUAGUGACGAGAUUCCAGCCAAUAAUGACACGGCAUUUAAGUACUUCAAAAAAGCAUCGGAUUUGAACAAUCCAGUGGGUUUGAGUGGCUUGGGACUGAUGUACCUUUACGGUAGAGGCGUCGAAAAGGACUACUCGAAAGCCCACCAUUACUUUACGCAGGCGGCCGAUCAGGGUUGGGUCGAUGGGCAAUUGCAACUUGGGAAUAUGUAUUUCAGCGGCUUAGGCGUGAAGAAGGACUACAAAACGGCAAACAAGUACUUCUCGUUGGCCUCCCAAUCUGGACACGUGUUGGCUUACUACAAUUUGGGACAAAUGCACGCCCAAGGUACAGGAAUGCUCAGAUCUUGUGCCACGGCCGUGGAAUUGUUCAAAAACGUCGGAGAACGAGGAAGAUGGGGAGAGCUAUUGAUGCAGGCCCAUUCAGAUUAUCGUAAUAGUAGGUAUGAUGAAUCGUUUGUACAGUAUGCCCUGUUAUCUGAGUUGGGAUACGAAGUAGCUCAGAGUAACGCCGCAUUUUUGCUUGACAGAAACGAAAUACCAAUGUUAACAACGUCUGAAGGUCUUGUCAGGGCUCUUCUGUAUUGGGGAAGGGCCGCAGCUCAAGGUUAUUCAGCCGCACAGGUUAAGCUCGGUGAUUAUUACUACUAUGGCCUUGGUACGAACAUCGACUACGAAACUGCGGCUAUCCACUACCGUUUGGCUUCUGAUCAGCAGCACAACGCCCAGGCGACCUUCAACUUGGGAUACAUGCACGAACAGGGUUUGGGAAUGGCGCGCGACAUGCAUCUGGCCAAGCGCUACUACGACAGAGCCGCGGAGCUUAGUCCGGACGCUAAAGUACCAGUGGCGCUGGCGUUGCUCAAGUUGAACGUUCUUUUUAGCGUUGAGACCGUCCAAGAGUUUUUGUUUCAGGGUCCGGUUCACCACUUGAUGGACUUCAAUGAGAUUCUGGGUUCCAAUUGGGAUUUGUAUUUGAUCACCACUUUGACUGUAAUUUUAGCCGGCAUUGUUUAUUUCAGGAGGCCGCAGGUAAUUGUGUAAUUAUUAGAAAAGCAAAUCGUGAUAUAUUUUAUAUUUAUUUUGUAAAUAUUAAAAGAAACAAUAAAUAGGUAAGACCCAUAAGUUGUUUUUAUUUUACUGAUAAUGGUCUACAUCUAUUAAAAUAAUAAAAAAAAACUCAUGUAAAUAAAUAACUUUAUUUAGCAGUUUUGGUAUAUACAAUUAUUUUUUUUUUAUAAAUAUUCUCACAAAAAGGUAUAAUGUUAAUGCUUGAAACAGUGCUUAGCACCAGUGGGGACAGUUGAAGGGCGGAAAAUGAAAUAGCUUACUGUUUUGUAGGCUGGUCAUUAUUGAGGAAAAAACAAUUUCCUUGAAAGUGUUUUACCAAAUUAAUUUUGCCGCAUUUGGAUAUUGAACUUAAAAAAGACGUAUUGAUUUACCCCAUUUACCAUAAUUGUCAACUUUGUGAAAUAAAUGUUAAACUAUGUAAUAGCAGCUUCGAUUCCACUGUCCUGCCUGCGUGGAGUGCACAUAAAAGAUGAGCGAUAUUACAUUUCAGAUUGAGAAGUAACUGGUAUUGACAUAUAUCCCACCUUUCGAAUGCACUCAGUGCAAGCUGUGCACUAGAUUCGAAGACGCGAUAAGACUAUAGAUGGCUUAGUGCCAAUCUAAGUAAUAUAGUAGCAAGACUUCAUUGUUUUUGAGGGGUCCAUAUUAUUCUGCCUGGCAAAUACAAUUACUUUACAUUUAUUUAUUAUAGGGGAAAACUUCAAUAUAAAAAAAAUGACCGGGUAGCAGUUGCUUCCCCAGAUGCCCUGGUAGCUAUGCCUCUGCGUGUGACAUUCAGAUAUUAAGGGACAUACAUUUUUUUGAAGACCAAUCGUGGAGAGCUUAGGCAUGUUUCAUUAAAUAUACAUUUAAAAUCAUAUUUCAGUAGAAGUUUAUUUAAAAGACUUAAAAUCAUAUAUUAUUUACUUGGUAUCGAAGCAGAUGUCAUCUGCGUCUGCAGUCAUUCAGCUUAAGAUAGAUUAAGUUAAUUUUAGGAUUUGUGAAAUCGUUGAGUAAAGUGGCCAUUAAGCUAGACUACAUCAGGACUGUAAUUUUUAGCUGGUAAAGACGUUUAUUAUUAUAAUCGUCCAACAGUAGUCUGUUAACGAGUAUUAUAGGUUUACUUUGGAGAAACCAAAUUUUUAAUGUUCAUCCAAAUUUAAAAAUUUUUGUACCAAAAUCUUGCUUGCCAAAUUUUAAACACCUUUUAAAAAUGUACGUCCGAUGUCACGUUUUUGUCCGCAGGAUAGGUCAAAAACGAAAUUUUAGCAAAAAUUAAGCUCUAUAAGGGGACGAAGCCUAUUUAUUUUGAAAAAAUCUGAAUAAAAAUAGGGGAGUUGAGGGGUGAAAAUUAAAAAAAAAAAAGAAAUCAAAACGAAAAGCGAUAUCAACAUCAAAUUUUUAGUAAAACUCAAGCUCGAUAAGGGAAUGAAAUCUAUUGAUUUUGAUUAAAAAAAUCUAAACUAAAAUGGGAAGGUUAAGCGGAGUUGAAAUAUUAAAAAAAAUCCUAACUCUGAAACAAAAAACGAUAACAAUGGUUUAAAUUUUAUUUUUUUCUAUAUAUUUUUUAUUUAAAUGAUUUAAAAUUGGAGAGUUUCAAUUAAUUUUAAAUAAAAGAUUUAGGUUAAAAUUUUAUUUGGUAUGGUUUUCUAUUAAUUUUUCAUCUUCAGGAAAAAAUCAAGCUCUAUAAGGAGCUGAAUGAUAUAUUCUGAAAAAAUCUGAUUAAAAAUUGGGGGUUAAGGGGGCUCUGUUAAACUGUGAAGAGUAGAUUUUAGAAUGCCAAGAAUUAAAUAUCUUCAUUCUAGUCAUUAUUAUUAUUAUUACAUCAGAACGGCGUAAUUUUUUUCUGGUAUAAUAAUAGGGGACAGACAUUACACGCUUAAUAGGUCUAAAAUAUACCUCAUUAAGAUAUCAAUAAACUAUGAAAAUUUCACUGAAAUCGUAUAAAACGUUUUUAACAUUGAAUGAACAUUAAUUUUUUUUGUUCAAACUAACUUGUAUCUCGGAAACAGCAUUUUCAGCAAAAAUUGUUUUGUCAGUAUAUUUAGACCCUUCAAUAAUUAUUAUAUUUUUGUCAAAAUGUCAUAUUAUUUAGUAGUUGGUUUUCUCAGUAUAGCGAAAAAAACUGUCAAAUGUCAAUAAAAAUCUGACCCCUCUGUCGCUACUGUAUCAUUACGUAUACAGGGAAGUUUAUAUCUAUUGUUAAAAUAGAGUUUAGUCAAUUAACAGUUGUUAUGAUUUAUAUAAUUUUUCAAGAGUUAUACAUUGUAUGCUAUUUGACAGAUGGCAGUGGAAACUGCAACCAUCAGAUUCCAUUUUUUUAUCUGUUUUAUUAGUAAUAGAUAAAAAUACGUAAUUUUCACAAAGAAAUCUAAAAUUAUCUUGUUGUUUAAAUGGAUAGAUUAAUAAAUCCUUUUAAGUUCAGUAAAUAUAAGUUUUUUUACAAAUUUUUUUGGACCCCAACAAGUCUAUUAUUUUGAAGUUGACAACAAUUAUGACAUAUGUCCAUUUACAAAACUAAUGAAAACCACAAAGAUAUGCUUGAGGUUUUUAGUUUUAUCAUGUGUUGAUUAUUUUUAGUAGUGGAUGAAGAAAUUUCAACUUUUUCCAAAACGAUGACCAUCCGAAUAGUGCCCAAAUCUGGAAACAUUCCCAGAAUUUUUUCGGUUGUCAUUAAAUAUUCUUAAUUUAUGUUGAUUUUGAUACUCUACAGGGCAUCCCCAAGUUUCCCGUUUCGUUCAUUCCAAUUUUGGGAUCAUCAAUUUGGUCUAAUUCUAGUGUAAUAUAUGUAUACAAAGUGAUCAAGAAGUACAAAACUGCUUCUUGACUAUCAGUUAACGAUUUUCUUUUUAUAUAUCACAAGUCAUAAGCUAAAAACUUAAAAAGUACGGUAAAAAUUAUUGCAAUAUUCAUAUACAAGAGGUUUCGAAAUUUAUUGUUACUUACGGAAGACAAAUACAUUGAAAGCAAUUCUAUAGUAUUUCUUUUGGUGUCCACAUUGUUUACGUGAAAUAAUCGAAAAAAUAAAAUUGAAAUUAAUUAGAUUCGGACUGCUGGAGAUAAUUAGAUUUUUUGGGUACAAUUUAAGCGAUCUGGUAACGCUUUAAAAUAUGCGAGACCUCCUGUAUGUGAAUGUUAAACAGCCCAAUUUAGUUAUCAUCACAAGUGUACAUGAAUCGAAUUUUCGCGAAAAAAAAAAUAAACGUAUGUAAAAAAGAUAGGACCAAAAUUGGCAGAGUGCCAUUUUCGGACACCGUCAAUUUUUUUUUAAUAAAAUAUUACAGGCUGACGACAAAAAAUAUAUCUUGGAUAUUUUAUCACAAAUUAUUUUGGGCCAUCGAUUCAAGAUACUAGGAACCAAAUCUUUCUUUAAAUGCAGAAACUAUUUAAUCGUCAUUUUUGUAAACAUAAUAUCUGAACCUUGUACCACAUAAAAAUAGGGAAAAACUCCAAUAUAUAAAAAAUAUAGAAAAUAAAUAUAAUAUUAAAGUUAUCACAUAAUUUUGUCUAAAUUAAAACUAUUGACUUAGUUAUUUCACCAUUAUAAGUAUUGAUUAAAAUAUAUUUGUUCUACACCCACAUGUAUAAGAAUAAGUAGACGUUAUCAGUCAACUAAACGGAUAUAUUAUCGUAUCCAUUCUAGUAAGGAUAUGAAAUCCACCAAGCACAGUUUCUAUUUAGUAGCCGGCUGACUAUUCUUUUUAAUUAGUGCGAACUCUGUCAAAUUAAUAAUAGAGUGACCUUAUAAUUUCAAUAUUAAGGUUUGUUCCAGCAAGUUGCAUAACAUGUUCUAUAAGUUGACUGAGCACUCAAAAGGUUGAGAACUUGCUGCUGAAAUAAACCUUUAAUGUUCCAUUCAAACACUUUUAUUUUAUCUCUCAGUAUGGCAUUUUUAUUAUCCUCACCACUAUAUAUUACGACCUGAAGUACCCAUAUAGACGGUCCUUAGCCUCCCACAAACUGUUCGUUUAUAUAGAACAGACGCUAACGGUCACUACUUCUUGAUUACUAAUAUAAUAGUGUUCAAAACAUUUUUCAAAUUAUGUAACAAUUUUUCUCAGUAUUUUAUCCUUGCUCAAUUUAUUUGUUAAUUUACCGACAGAUUUUUUGCAACGUUUUUUAUUGUAUGCAUCUUUCAAGUUUAUUGAACGUAUGCUUUUUCGGAGCCUUAUUUUUGUUGUUAAAUGAACCACGAAAAGCUACUUUGCUUAUAGUCGCGGCGUGCACAUGCGUUGCGAUAAUUUUUUAUACAUGCACUUUUUUGUAACUACUCGGAACAAUAAUUAUUUAAUGUAUGCGAUUGGACUAUGUGAAAAUUAUUGGGUAAAAUGCGCGAAAAAAAAAUUUGCAUACAUUUCGGAAUUGUUUAAAAAAAAGGUCGCAAAAUAAUCAGUGCACUUUAGAAAAUUAACAAACGUAUGCUAUUUUGUUUUUCGUAAGGUUCUUGAUAAAAUAUCACGAUUUUCAUAAGAUUUCGACAAAAAAAUCUAAAUAACGUUGAACAAUUGUUAAACGAAUGCUAUUUGGAAUAGAAAAAUUGCGUAAGAUUAUUCAAGUAUAUUCAUUUGCAUACGAUUUCGGUACGUACAACGCUGUAUAAUCCUCAAUAUACCUCUACGAUACUCGUAGAUUUUGCGCAUGACAUUUAGACUUCAACUUCCCAUGCUCUCUGCGCAACCAUGAUGUGUUUUGAUUCAUUACAUAGGAUCCAGGCGCCACUAAAAUACACAAUUGCACGCAGGUAACGUGGGCAACCAGCAAGGCACAUUUGAGGUUUUCUGUCAGUGUUAUUGUUUGUAUUUCUUUUAAAUUAUAUCAGCUGUGGCUUUGUUAUAAUUUUUCAAUACGUAACCAGACAGCAAAUGUGGGUUUGCUCAGUGGUUAGAGUUAUGCCUUUGAGAUCGAAGGGUCUCAGGUUCGAAUCCCGCCGGUAGCAGGGAUUUUUAUUUACUUUAUUAAAUUAAAUAUUUAUUCUAAUGCAUAGGUAGGAUUCCCCACUCGACUAUUAAUUUUUGGAUUCUAAUUAACAGUGCUGUACCUAAAGCCCACACAGAACACGAGGCUAAUAAAAUGUGAUUAUUUCCCUCGCUUGUCACCUUUGACAUCUUAACCAAUCAUGUCGCAAUUUACGUUAGGGAUGGUCCCAUAUACAUUUGGUCAAGAUCUAAUGAUGAGAUGAUAAAAUCAGCAAACUCAAUUUGUAAUGGCAUCUGCAAUGGUUUUGUUUUUUAAUUUUUAUUCAAUCUCAAUUUCUAAAUUUAUGAUUGCAUAGAUUCAUACAAUAAGAAUUAUGACCAAAACGAAUUAUUACCCAACAAGCUUGUUAAGAGUUCAUGUUCUGUUUAUAACUUUUAAAAAAAUCCACAUAUAGAUAUGUGGAUUGUAUGCAAAUUGCUAAAUCGUGCUAUUUUAUCAUUAAUUUCACGAAAGUCAAAGUAGGAUGUUAAAUAAUUGUUUAAACAUGGCUGCAAUUUUUGCAAAAUUUAAAUUGUUUUUAAAAUGGUGCUACACAAGAGAACUGUAUGCAAAUGUUAAUUUUGACAAUGUACUAUAUAAACUUUACAUUAAAUCCUUUUUAAAUAAUUGUUUCGAGUAAUAAAAAAGUGCAUGUUUAAAAAACUACCGCAACACUUGUGCACGCCGCGA